CAGGAGAGCGGCCGAACCGCGGAGCCGGGUUCCACUGUCCCCCCGCCGACUCCUCUAACCCGGGUUACUGUACACGACCCCCGGGGCUCCAUGAAGAGGCCCGGCGCGGUCACAGCGGUGUGUCGGAGGGAGCAGCCCGGGGCGUGCCGUCCACAGUCCGUGCGUUGAUUCGGGUCUGGAGCCGGGAUUCAGACACAGGACCUCGGUUAGCUCGUCCUCAUUUUACACAUCCACGGUUCUUCUGUCCCCGUCACGGUCCCCCGGAGACAGACCGGGGAAGACAUGUACAACACGGUGUGGACCGCGGACCAGGAGGAGGGGGACUGGAGGGACGUGAUGAUGCCCUACUCCACCGAGCUCAUCUUCUACCUGGAGAUGGACCAGCCGCCAGCUCUUCCUCCAAAGCCGGCAAAGCCCCAGCAGCCCUCCUCGGUCGUGGUGGGGGGGGGCGGCAGCACCAACGGCCCCAAGGAUGGAGGAGCAGGCUGCUCGCUGCAGGAGGCAGAGUGGUACUGGGGAGACAUAUCCAGGGAAGAGGUGAACGACAAACUCAGAGACAUGCCCGACGGGACCUUCCUGGUGCGGGACGCCUCCACCAAGAUGCAGGGCGACUACACUCUCACACUGAGGAAAGGGGGAAACAACAAGCUGAUAAAGAUCUACCACCGCGACGGGAAGUACGGCUUCUCCGACCCGCUGACCUUCAGCUCGGUGGUGGAUCUCAUCAGCCACUACAGACACGAGUCUCUGGCUCAGUACAACACCAAGCUGGACGUCAAACUGGUGUUCCCCAUCUCCCGCUUCCAGCAGGACCAGCUGGUGAAGGAGGAUAACAUCGAUGCGGUUGGGAAGAAGCUCCAGGAAUAUCACAAUCAGUACCAGGAGAAGAGCAAAGAGUACGACCGACUGUACGAAGAAUACACCAAGACGUCGCAGGAGAUCCAGAUGAAGCGCACGGCCAUCGAAGCCUUCAACGAGACCAUCAAGAUCUUCGAGGAGCAGUGUCACACGCAGGAGCGCUACAGCAAGGACUACAUCGAGCGCUUCCGCCGCGAGGGCAACGACAAGGAGAUCGAGCGGAUCACCAUGAACUACGAGAAGCUCAAGUCGCGGCUCGGAGAGAUCCACGACAGCAAGGUGCGGCUGGAGCAGGACCUGAAGACACAAGCCAUGGACAACCGUGAGACGGACAAGAAGAUGAACAGCCUGAAGCCCGACCUCAUACAGCUCCGCAAGAUCAGGGACCAGUAUCUAGUCUGGCUCAAUCACAAAGGAGUUCGACAGAAACGAAUCAACGACUGGCUGGGAAUCAAGAACGAGACCACUGAUGAAGCCUACUUUGUGACCGAGGAGGACGAGAACCUGCCGCACUGCGAUGAGAAGAGCUGGUUCGUCGGGGACCUGAACCGGGUCCAGUCGGAGGAGCUGCUCAUCGGGAAGCCCGACGGAGCGUUCCUCAUCCGAGAGAGCAGCAAGAAGGGCUGCUACGCCUGCUCUGUAGUUGUUGAAGGCGAGGUGAAGCACUGUGUGAUCUACAGCACGGCGCGGGGCUUCGGCUUCGCGGAGCCCUACAACCUGUACGGCAGCCUGAAGGACCUGGUGCUCCACUACCACCAGACCUCGCUGGUGCAGCACAACGACUCGCUCAACAUCCGCCUCGCCUACCCCGUCUACGCACAGAUGCCCUCCGGACGCAGAUGAACCCCCCCCCCCCCCCGUCUGCUCACACUCCCACAUAGACUACAAACCAACCCCCUCCCGGGGAAAGGGAGAAUGGGAGGAGUGGAGGAAGGAGGGAGGGGGAGGAUGGUUGAAGUACAAACGCCCCCCCGACACCAGACCCGUAAACGAUAGAUAGAAACACUUGCUGCAACACACACGUCAGCCACCUUGGAGUUAUAUAUAUUUUUACAAGAACAUUUUUCGGAGGGCAUUCUUUCUAAAGACUGCUUGAUUUGCACAAGGAAGUUUUAAAUGUUUGUGAAUGUGAAACUAAAACUAAGCGCCAGAGGGAAGGAAGGAAACGGAGUAGGCAACUUCAGAGUUUCAGGUUGACCCCGCUGCUACCGAAGCUCCAGCUCAGACUUUGACCUAGAAACUCAAAAAACCACGAAGAAGAAGAAGAAGAAGACGACAACAAAACAUUCCCAUUUUAAACCUUUUCUUUCACCUCAAAUGAUUCUUUUACUUUUUGUUUUGUUUCUGGAGUCGUUCUCAUGUUUUGGAUGUUUCCUUUUUCUUUACUCCCAACUCUGUUUGUGGUAAAUGCAAGAGGAGAUGAUGAUGAAGAUGGUGAAGAUGAUGAAGAUGAUGUCAAGUGUCUGUUUCUGUCCCUCUCCGAACGAGAAGCAAGAAUAAUGUAGCAUAACGGAAACGGACGCUCGCGUUGUGGAGCGCUCCUCUAUGUAGAGCGCUGCUGCUGAGGGGUUAAAGGGGGAGGGGGGGGGGGGCACAAGUGACACUAAACAGUUUUGUAGAGUUGAAGGACAAAAGGUUUUUGCUUUUAUACGAACUGUAGAGGUUGUUUUUUGUUUUGCCAGUGUGUAAAUGGCAGCGUCACAGAUUAGAACCAGAGACCAAAGUUGGUGUGGAGUGGGAGGGGCUAAAGAGUCUUUUCCCUCUUUUCUUUCCCCUUUUGUGAACGGGGGGAGGAGCUAAGAGAAACAAAUGGACGUUGUGUUUGAGACCACACAUAAAACUGAGUUUUGGACCACGUGCUUGUGCACCAAAUAGCCUUUUUUCUGGAAAACCAAAUGGUACGAGAACAGAAACAACUCCUGUGAACACAGACGGUCGAGUAGGAAGCACUUAGACUCGUUUGUGACCUCAGCUCCGGGAGCGUCGACCCGACCUCAGCAAAUAGGAUUCAUUAUUUAAGUGUUUUAAACAAGUAGUCUGAUGAGAUAGCAUCUGCCAGGAAGCAGAACGUUUUCGGGCGAGAUUAAACUUCAUUCGUUCUUCCUCUGAGGUGAAGUCACUGCAAUGAGUGACUUUCCCUCGGAGGAAGCAGCAGAAAAGCUAACUCCUCUGUGCUAACGGGGGAAAAGAGUCGCUUGGUGUUUUUUAGCGUGUUUAACCACAUUUAAACUUGAGCUUGGCUCUUCAUCUGAGACGUCUGCUCAGUGAACGUCUUUAGAACGACCGCUCCGAGCUGCGAGGUCACAAACGAGUCCACACGAGACCCGACAGGAGGAGCCAGAAAACCUGAAAACCCAUUUUAUGUGUGGUUGACACCGUGAGAGUGAGAACGGGCGAGUGAAUGCUACACACUGUGGGUUGAACACUUUGUGCGUUUUGUUAGAAAACCUUCAGAAAUAAUAAGCUUUGAUAAAUAAUGUUUUUUAUGUGUGACGCAGCGACCGGAGGCGGAGCCCCGCGCUGCAGACACACAGGCUCACGGAGAAAAUACUGAAAACUUGAAAGAACGUGCAAUCUAGAGUUGUGUUGCUGUUGUGUUGCUGUAGUUCAGCGGUCGAGCAGCGAGCGAGAGAGAGAGAGAGAGAUGCACUACGGUCCCAGAGAUAAUCAAAGUGCACAGUGAAGCUUCUGGAGUCAAACCUACGUUUUGUUUGUCCGUUCUUUUUGAUUUGAUUUCUGUUGAACUGGUUCUUGAAGCUCAGAACUUCUUGACCAGUGCUCGACUCUAUAACCAGUGGAAGCAUUUUUCUGUCAAAGACUAAAACAAAUAAAAAAGCAUCACGCAAUAAAAACUAUCUUCAAAAACUGGAGAGAAAAACAA